UUCUUUUCCUCUCUCUCUCUCUCUCUCUCUCAGUGUGCGUGUUUUCUUGCGGAGCCGACGUUUAAACUUGUAUUGAGCUGCCCACUUAGGCAGGCAGACGCAGACGGAUCAGCAGGCGCACAAACUGACGCCGCUCAGGUAUAUCAAGUAUGUUACAUGCUCUCGUUUGGCUGUUUUUUCUAUCCAUCACAUCUUUUCUGGAAUACACCUUGACAGAAACAACAGAUGAUCAAAUUGAUUUUACAUGUCUCAGUGAUUAUAUAUAUACUGUAACAUGUACAUUAACGAUGAAGGAGGACAGUCCUGAAGAGUCAAAUGUGUCCUAUCUGGUGGAAGCCGAAGAUAUCAUAUCAAAGAACAAAGGAAACUGCACAAUAGUAAAACAUCCUGGGAACUUUCCUGCAAACUGCUCAUUAGAAAUGGGAGAAUCUAUGAAGGAUUUGGACUCCUAUGAUAUUACUCUUCAGAGAAUAGGCAGUGAAAAGACCAUAGUUUACUUAAAAGUAAUCCCUGAAUAUUUUCCAUCUGAAAACAUCAAGCCGGUCACUCCUAUCAACCUGUCUGUUAAUUAUGAUGAGAAGCAAUACAAAUUGACUUGGAAUACUGGAUAUGACAGUAAUAACUAUCUACCACAUAAUCUGCAGUAUGAACUUAUGUAUUGGCAAAAAGGAAGGAGCUUGCUGAAUCCUAAAAUAGGAAAGCGCAUUAAUGACAUCACAUCUUUAAAUAUUGGAGAGACUGAAUUACAAAAAAGCACUACUUACCUGGCAAGGGUCCGUUCAGCUCCAAACAAUAUCUCUUACCAUGGCCACUGGAGUGAGUGGAGCAUAGCCACUGAAUGGACAACAAGACCUUCAGAUGUACAGAAGCCACAUGUUUCACCUUAUAUCAGUACAGUCGGAAUGCCAUUUGCCCUGGGACUCAUCAUACUCAUCGCAAUGUACUUUGAUCUUCCAACAAGGUUAAAAAAUAAAAUAUGUGCAAAGGUGCCCACACCUGCACCUUUCCUACAACCACUCUACAAUAAUGACAAAGGGGGUUUUCGGAGCUGGUUUUUGUCCCCUGGCAACUUAAAUGAUGAACUGAAGAAAGAGGAAGCCCUGAAAAUUGAUCAUCUCAUUGAGACAAAGCCGCAUAGUGUUGAAGCUUCAAAAGAAGACUUUUGCAAAGUUUUAUAUGUUACAAAAGAUCAACAUAAUGAGAACUGCCAAGCUAAUACUGAGAGUGGCUCAAAUGCUGUUGCUGCACAUUCUAAAAACCAUGUCACUUCUCCUCCCAGUUUCUUCAACAGCCAUGAUGAGAGUUUUAGCUCACAUUUCUUGGAGAACUUUGAAUCAAUAGAUUCUGGAUGUUUUGAUGUCAACAGAAGCAGUGAUGAAACAGAGAAGGAGACCAAUAUCUCCUAUGAUGUGCCUCCUGAACCAGAAAGUCUGUGCUACAGUGAUGACUACUGCACCCUUUCGGAAGCAAACAAUGGAUUAAUUCCAAGCAAAAAAGUCAAGGAUAUCAAAGCAACCUGUGGCAAGUGCAUUGAAAUAGGCCUAAAGGGUCCAGUGCCACUUUCAAGUGUUACAGAUUGGCCUGUCUAACCCCAGAUACAUUUGUUGUUUAGUCCUGUUCUCAACCCAUUUCACAUUGUGUCACUAGCUCCUAUGCACAAUUGCUGAAAAUAUGACAUAAUUAGGUUCCUCAGGGCUCAAGAUCUUUUAUUGCAAUUGUCCUGUCAGUGCUAUUAGAGCUGGAGAAAGGAAAUGCAAAAAAAGUUCGUCCAGCUCAGUUAGCACUUCCUAUUAAGCCCCAUGUGUCUAUAGCAAGUGCAGAUUAUGUGCUUUGUGAUAUUUUUGCAGGAUUUUCCUGCAUCAGUCUGGACUGAUAGACAGAUUUCAGUAUAUACAGGUAUACACAGGGGUACAGUGUAAUUCAUUUUCUUUUUUUAUUCGGUCUUUUUCCUAACUAAAGAGCUCAUUGUCAUCUUGCUAAAAACAUCACUACUUUAAUGACCAAAAUAUUUUCCUAGGCAUAUUGUUUGAAAAUGUAGUUCUUGAGUCAAAACAAGUGUUACAGUUACAGAUGUGUGUUUAUGAAGAAGAAAAGGUAAAAUCCACGGGCAAAUAACAGUAAUGCAGAGGUGGAAUAGUAAAUGUGUGAAAACUUCCAAGAACACUUCACAUAAGACAUUUUACAAAUGACGAGAGACCAUUCUAUUGUUUGUAAAUUUUACUAAUAUCUUAUCCAGAUACAUUUCAGAAGUUGUCAAGGUGUCUAGUUCAACUAAAUAACUCUGUUGUUUGUUUCAGAUUCUCACAAUGCUUUGUGUAAAGAAAUGAAGUGCUUUCUGGUUUGCAUCUAAAAUGCUGUUCAAGUCGAAGAGACACCAUUUAGUCCAUGAAUGUGCCUAGUUUAUCUUGUUUGUACAGCUUCUACAGCUGGUAGCUCUUUCUUGCUAUGCAUGUUAGGGGGCAUUCUGCAGCUACCAGAGGUGUCCUGUGGAUGGGAAUAUGUAAACAUUUGCUUUGUUACAGUGUAUUUUAUGUACACUCAGGGUAAUUAGGGAGAACUAAACCAAAGGAUAAUUCUGUAUUGUGUUUAUUAUUAGUACUUAUUAUUGAUUCAUAAGGCAUUUACUUGAAAGCAGUUUUGGGCAACAAGCUUUAAUCAAUGAAAUC